AAGUGUGUGUGUGAGGCAAAGGGGCACUAAAAGUGUCUGUGUGUGAGGAAAAGGGGCACUCUGUGUGUUUUGUGUGAGGAAAAGGGGCACAGAAGUGAGUGUUUUGUGCGAAACAAAGGGGCACAAAGUGUGUGGUGUUUUGUGUGUGAGGCAAAAGGUCGCCUUUCCCAGCCCUUUCCCCACUUGUGAGGGGAGACACCCCCCUCCAAAACAACCACAACCACCACAACCGCAAAGGUCUUCCCUAUGCCCUAGGCGCCAUGCGACCCGACGACAUCAACCCUCGGACGGGGCUGGUGGUGGCCCUGGUCAGCGUCUUCCUGGUCUUCGGCUUCAUGUUCACCGUGUCGGGGAUCAAAGGGGAGACUCUGGGGGACAUCCCUCUGCUGGCCAUCGGGCCGGCUAUUUGCCUGCCGGGCAUCGCGGCCAUCGCUCUGACCCGCAAGACCGACGGCUGCACCAAGUGGCCCGAGCACCGCUGCUGCCCGCCUUGCAGCUGCUGCUGCCGCAAGAGGAACCGGGACAAGGACGCCCUGGAGCUGCUCAGGACCCCCUCGGACCUGGAGUCCGGCAAAGGCAGCUGCGACGAACUGGCCGGCAAAGCCUUUCUGGGGAUGGCUGCCAAGGGGGGCUCGGGGGGCGCCGCUCCGACGUGUGCCGCGAUUACCACCAUCGCCUCCUCUGCAACUUUGGAGGGGUCAAGGGAGGAGGAGGAGGGGAAGGGCUACUUGGAGAACUGCUGCCCGGAGAUGCCCGGGAAUGUCUUGGUGGCCGAGGAGGAGGACGAGGCCACCCUUUACAGUAGUGCCUUCCAAAGGUCCUCCCCGGUUUUAGCAAAGCCGGCCGCCACUACUACUAUUCCUACUCCUACUACUCCCGCCGUCGCAGCGGAGGAGGAGGACAACCUUGGCCUCGCCUCCAGCAGCGACACCAUCAUCGUCUGCUCCUACAAGGAUACUAGCAGCCCUUACGACAGGUACUGCUGUUACAUAAACCCCAGCGAGGAGCUCUGCGAGGAGGAGGAGGAGGAGGAGGACCACGAGGCCAUCGUCUGAACCUUGGCUUCUUCCUUCUUCGCCACUUUCUUUUCAACAUCUCUUCCUUUUGUUGGAGCAUCUUGGAUCGUCCGAACCGAGGGCGGCUCUUUUUUGGCCUCCCUCUUUUCCUUCUUCUUCUUGUUUCGACUUUCUUUUUAACAUCUCUAGACCCCCUUUCUUCCUUUUGAAGCAUCCCUGAAUCGUCUGAACCGAGGGCGGCUCUUUACGCUUCCCUCUUUUCCUCCUCCUUUUGUUCCCCCCGACUUUCUUUUCACAUCUCUUUCUUCCUUUUGGAGCAUCCCUGAAUCCGUAGCCGUAAGGAGAAAAAUAUACUCCAGCCUCCUCUGGUUCUUUUCAAACAACAACAGUAACGAAAAAAAAGUAUAAUCCUGACCAACAUGAACAUCAUCAUCAUCAUCAUAUUAUUAUAUUCUUCAUCCUGGCGGUUUUUUGCACUGCAUGGGACAAUCCUCCUUAACUAGCUGUUAAACUAUUUUAUAAACCUGGUAUGUGACUGAUAACUUCAAACCUUCGUGCCUGAAAUGACUUGGUUUU